CUCUCUGUCCAUCUUCCCAACCAGACAACAAGCCCACAAAUUAAAGAGGCCUCAGAGUCAGUUGUAUUUUGCUUGUUGGUUAUAUAGGAAAAUGGCCUCUUGCGUAUCGGACACGGCUCGGUCCCUCUCCUGCCGGGACGGACGCGCCGCCGCUCACCUCAAGCUAAUCUCAAUCUCCGUCAUCUUCGUCACCAGCGUCAUCGGCAUAUCGUCCCCCGUCCUCCUCUCCCGCUACUUCCAAGGCAAGCCAGCGUACGACAAAGCAACGCUCGUCAUCAAGUGCUUCGCCGCCGGCGUCAUCCUCUCCACCUCCCUCGUCCACGUUCUCCCCGACGCCUUCCUAGCACUCAACGACUGCCACGUGUCCUCCCACCACCCCUGGAAGGACUACCCUUUCUCAGGGCUCGUCACAAUGGUCGGCGCCAUCAUUGCCCUCCUCGUCGACCUCACGGCCACCUCACACAUGGAAUCCCACUCCGCCGGCGGCGGCCACGGUCACGGCGGAUACGAGGUCGUGCCGGUGGGGACGCGGGAUGAAUUGGUGGGGAAGAAUAGCAAUUUGAAUGGUAAGAAUAGCAAAUUGUCGAUGGAUACGGAGGUGGCGGUGGCGGUGGGUGUGGGGAGUAAUAAUGGUGGGGGUAGUGAGGAAAUGUUGAUCCGGAUGAAGCAGCGGCUUGUUUCGCAGGUGUUGGAAAUCGGGAUUAUUUUCCACUCGGUGAUAAUUGGGGUGACGAUGGGGAUGUCGCAGAACCAGUGCACCAUCCGGCCGCUGGUCGCUGCGCUGUCGUUUCAUCAGAUCUUCGAAGGGAUGGGACUCGGGGGAUGCAUUGCUCAGGCAGGAUUUAAGUUCGGGACAACAGCCUACAUGUGCUUCAUGUUUGCAGUGACAACGCCAAUGGGGAUAGUAUUGGGCAUGAUCUUGUUCUCGGUGACAGGUUACGAUGAUAGUAACCCUAAAGCCCUAAUCUUGGAGGGUUUGUUAGGGUCGUUCUCCUCGGGCAUACUUAUCUACAUGGCUCUGGUCGAUCUCAUAGCUCUGGAUUUCUUCCACAACAAGAUGAUGAGCUCCAAUUCAUGGAUGCGAAAAACAUCGUACAUCGCUCUUGUUCUUGGCUCUACCUCUAUGUCCAUCCUUGCCCUUUGGGCAUAGAAUUUGCUCCCUUUUUUAAUUAGCUAAGGAAAAGAAAAUUCAUGCCAUGGGUUGCAUAAUGUUUAGUUUGAAAUGUGAAAUGAUUGUUGAUAGGUGCCCGGUAGCACAAUGUUGUAAUCACAUCUUCAUUUGGAUCUUUGUAAGAAGUAGAGGAAAGAAAUCGAAAAUGUGAACAUCAAUCGGGCGAUAGGGUAAAGCUUGUGCCCGCUAUAUCUUGUA